UCAGCUGACAAAGCCAACUGUACAGUGCUGCACUGUACUCGAAACCAUCCUCAGCGCAUUUCAAAGAAGGAUUUUUUUAUGGAAGACCCAGAGAUUGAAACACUAAAAUAAGCCAUACAGGUCAUACCUAAACACUGAUCAAGAUCUGAAGGUGCCAGAAUGAACUGGGGCUUUCUGGAGAACGUGCUGAGUGGCGUCAACAGGUACUCUACGGUGGUGGGCCGCGUCUGGCUGUCCAUCCUCUUUGUCUUCCGCAUCCUGGUGUAUGUGGCGGCGGCCGAGGCGGCGUGGAAGGACGAGGCCAAGGACUUCACCUGCAACACCCAGCAGCCGGGCUGUGAGAACGUCUGCUUCGACCACUUCUUCCCCAUCUCCCAGGUGCGGCUGUGGGCCCUGCAGCUCAUCAUGGUGUCCACUCCAUCCCUCCUGGUGGCCCUUCACGUGGGCUACCGCGAGCAUCGCGAGGCCAAGCACGGCAAGAAGCUCUACAGCAACAAGGGCAGCAUCGAUGGAGGCCUGCUGGCCACCUACAUCGUGAGCCUGAUCUUCAAGACCACCUUCGAGGUGGGGUCCCUGGUGACCUUCUACGUUGUGUACAAUGGCUUCAGGGUGCCCCGGCUGCUUCAGUGCAACCAGGAGCCGUGUCCAAACAUGGUGGACUGCUAUGUGGCGCGGCCCACAGAGAAGACCAUCUUCCUCUACAUCAUGGGCUGCACCUCCAUCAUCUGUAUCUGUCUCAACAUCACCGAGAUGCUCUACAUCAUCUUCAAGCAGUGCUGGAAGUGCUUCAGCAAACGCUACGUGCCAAUCAGAGAGAGGAGGCCGUGCCACUGUGCUGACUGUAGUAGUCGAGCACAAGUGUUGCUGACAGACUCACUUGCAACUGAUGUAGUCCCAGAGGCCAACAAAGUAAGUUCCCAGUUACAGUUAAAACAGGAAGAGCCUUCUUCCUGAUUGGUAAUGGGCUAGUGGUUGCCAGUUGUGAGAGAAAAGUUAACUUCCUACUCCUCCUUUUUUCUCAUGUUCAACACAAAUAUACCUCAAGCUUUGGAUGUCUGAGUGAAUGAGUUUUAAAAUUAAUAUUAUAAUUUCGAGCUGGUUUGUCAAAACCUCAUGCUUGUAUAUCUUUUUUCUUGUUCUGUUUGACAUUUAAUUUGAUGCUAUUUUGGUGGGAGACUGUCAGAAUGAUUUUAGAAAGCUGCAUUCGUCUUAUAAUUUACUUCUCUUCCAUGCUUUACAAAUUAUCCAUCACACCCUUAUGAAGGUCGUGGGGCCCAUAUGUAUUGGUGAUUUAAAAAAAAAAAAAAAGCAUAUUAGCCCAUGAAAUAAAGACUGUUUAAACUAAGUCCCUGGGCCAAGGAUCAUUUUCCAGUUUUGCUGAUAAUUAUUGAUGAAUAUUGCACCUUUCAAGAGGACCAGUUCAUUUUGAGAAAUACUAACUCUCCCAACAUAAAAUACUCUUCUUUUGACAUCCAUGUUGUUUUGGGUAUGGGCAGAAGCGUUCUUUCAUAUAUUUUAACAUCAAUAUGAUCAUAACCUCAACCAGCGCCAUUUCAACAGCAAUUACAGUGAACUUGUGCAUUAUGAACUUUAAUCUGUAUCAUCGCUGGUGUUCUUUCUUCCAUGUUUGAUUCAUGGGAAUGUUCUUCCACAUCAUCUUAACUGUUUGGUGAAAAGCAAAGAAAAAUGCUUUCAUUAAUGUACAGAUGUAUCCUAUAAAAACCUUAUGGGUCAACAUUUAGGUAGACAAGAUUUUUGUAUAUUUCUAUGUCAUGUGAAGUUUCCAUGAGCAUAAAACCCAGCAAACUGGUCUCACAAAACAUGGAUGUGUGAAAUGUUGCAAGAGAUGAGCAAGAAGAGGUUUGGAU